AUGUACGCAAUUGCUCAGUUUCGUGUGAACGCCAUCAUUCCACUAAUGCUGGCAUUACAUCUCGCGAACACGUGCUCCAUCGGUUGCCCCAACUCGACUGUACCGCUGAACCGGACCAAACGGUUGAUAAGCUACCCGAUCAACGGAGGCCUUGCGAAGCUGCUGAUUGGGGUGUUGGUGCCGAUUCGCUUCCACCAUCCGUUACCACGCAGUCUUAAUUGUGCGUUCAACCUGCAGGCGAACUACAUCAUUCGACCGGACAUCAUCUUUCCCCGGCCCGAGUCCGUCUUCCAGAACCGGAAGCUCGAUGACUACACCGAUCCAACUAGUCGCCAGCAGCUGUAUGUCGUAUUGGAACAAGCGCUCAGGAUGGCGUUUUGGACGAAGGGCCGCAAGGUGGCCCGAGAGUGUCUGUUGCGAACAGUGUGCGAAGUGGCGGAUACACCCCUCAGUCAUAAUGGACUUGUUGGGGAGGUGUUGGAUGUGAUUUUCACCCCUCAAGAGUCAGAUGCACUUCCUCCGGAAUUUCUGCUUGCUCGAAGGUACGGUGCAAAUGGGCUCGAUUGUGCGCGAGUAUACUCUGCCUGUCCGUUGGGUCUGGGGUUGCUAGAUCAGAUGUCUGCGAAUGUUCCGAACUAUUAG